GACGCUCGCGCCCAACAAUACCAUUAAGCGCUCAACGAAGAAACGUGUUAUUUCUCGGCAAAGUCAAUAUCGAAAUAUCAACGAUAACUACCUGCCAACAAUUUGACAAGAAUGAAUGAACAGUCGAGACUAGUACUUGAUAUAAUCCCCUUUAAACGAUUGUAAAAAUCUGAGAAAUAGAGAGAUUGUGCCGCAUUAAAUAGUAAUAAAGUGCUAUUUUCUUCUUUGCUCGCAACAUGUUUAAAACCAUUUGGCAUUUGUUUGACACGAGAAAGGUGUAGUGUAACGUAGCUGCUGUGCCGUGUUGUGCUGCUUUUUUUUUUAUCUCUGAUUGAUAUUUGUCCUUUCUAAUAAUUCUAAUAUUCAAGGAGCUAAACGGAAAUAUGCGUAUAAUAGAACAGCAAUAUUUAUUAUUUCAUUUUGUUGAUAGAAAAUAAUUUCAGUGAAUCGAUGUUGAAACAUGUGUGAUAUUGAAAUGUGAGGAAGAAGACCAAAAGCUUGUUUCUGCAUUUGAUCGAUUACGCAUGGAAAGGACAACGGAAUAAAAAUAGAUCGAAUCUUUUCUUCAAAUACAAUACAGCUAAAUAAGAAAAUCGAUCGAAAAAUUUGAAGAUGGAGUUAAAACGUAUAGAGAAAAAACGAAAAGCUUCGUACGAUGGCAAUCUUCGUCGAGCGAUGUUUCCCAUAUAUUAUCUUGGUAAAUUGUGUGGUGUGGUUCCAGUAAGAUUUUACGUGCACGCUUCUGAAGGAUGUCAGGCCCGUUUAAAUAUCAUAGACCUCGUCUAUAGUUUGUGCGUACUGAUACUACUGCUCGGCGCGGAAAUUUGGGGCCUAUGGCGAGAUCUGAAAGACGGCUGGGAGCAUAGUACCAGACUGAAAUCUCGGACAGCGGUGAUCGCGACAUGCAGCGAUGUGCUUGGAGUAAUGAGCUUAACGGUCGUUUGUAUCGUUGGCUCCCCUUUCCGAUGGAAAUCCCUGCAACUUGUGAUAAACAAAUUAAUCGAGGUAGAUAAAAAAAUCGGUGUAUCGUCUACAAAGAAAGCUCGAAGGUUCACGAUUUGUUUAACGAUAUGUAGCCUCGUCUAUCUCUGGUUCAAUUCGAGUUUAGACUUUUAUUCAUGGAGUCGCAAAGCAAAAAACCAAACAUUUGCUGACAAAGGUCCUAUUAACUAUGCACCUCUAUACGUAAUGUACACCGUGAUCAUUUCUGCAGAAAUCCAGUAUAGCGUGGCAACGUAUAAUAUAGGACAAAGAUUAGUUCGCUUGAACAGUAGCCUGAAAAGUAUGUUGGAUACAAAUAAUACAAAUAAUAGUAACAACGACGAUGCGAUCGGCUAUUUCCGAAAAUUUUCCGAAACAGCUAACGACAUUGGAGGCAAGAAAGGAUGGAACAUUACACCAAAACGGCAACUCGUAUUAGGCAGCUAUAGAUUGUCACGGAAGAUGGAUGAAAGCAAAACCUACGUAAACAGUAUAUCUGAAUUGAUAAUGGUUCAUUCUUUACUUUGCGACACAGUAUCCCUCAUAAAUACUGCUUUCGGUGUCGUACUACUAGCCGUCACUAUAUCCUGUCUAUUACAUCUAAUCAUCACGCCGUAUUUCUUGAUCGUGCAAGCUAAUGAAAAACACGAAUGGAUAUUUCUAGUCGUACAAGCUGGAUGGUGUAUCAUUCACAUAAGCAGAAUGCUGAUAAUCGUUCAACCUAGCUAUUCCACAGUCGCGGAGGGAAAAAGAACGGCAACUCUCGUUAGUCAGUUACUUUCUUGUUGUUUUGAAGCAGACGUCCGACGAGAAUUGGAAAUAUUUUCGCUUCAAUUGUUGCAUCGACCUUUGGAGUUCUCAGCAUGCGGACUCUUUUCCUUGGACAGAAACUUAAUAACGUCGGUAAGAAUUCUUGAUUACUCGUAUGAAAAGCAAAUGCAUUUAAGCAAUACGUAAAACAUAUAUUAUUAUAUUUAUAUUGAUUGUGUGCAUCUACGCACAUAUGAUUUAGAUCGCGGGAGUUAUAACAACGUAUCUCGUUAUCCUGGUACAAUACUGAGCAAGAGAGGAAGAGUGAUAGAGAGACAAUCGCAUAUUACGAUAAUGACAUUUAAUAUACCAAUUCUCGUAAACAGCGGUAAUAUACAAAUACAAGUUACUCGUAUCAUAAUCCAACUACUAAUAAUAACGAGUUGUUCCAUCGAUCGAACGAUCGACGUUUAAUUAAGAGCGCACCUCGUACGGUGUCUAGAACUAGACGUCAGUCACAGCCUAUCCAAAAUAUUCCUCGGCCUCGUCUUGCUGUAUCUCUGAGAAGGGAAUAAGAUCGCCUAAAAACGGGAAACUUGAAUAGUCUCGUUUGAAGAAGCCAGGUAUCUCCUCGUUGAAUCAACUUAUACGCCUAUGUAUACAUACGAUUGUAUAAGACAAAUACAACCUAUCGUAUACUGA